GCGGGCACGGGCUGCCCGUGCGGGAGCGCAGCGGCGGCGGCGCGGCUGGAGGGGGUCCCGGUCCGGUCCGGCCCGGCUCGGCUCCGCUCCCCACUAUGGCCACGUCCCCGUGCAGCAGCAGCGGCGUCUCCUCGUCGUCCUCGUCGGGGCUGGGCGCGGACGCGGGGCUGGAGAUCCGCACGCGCUCCGUGGAGCAGACGCUGGUGCCGCUGGUGUCGCAGAUAACUACUCUUAUUAAUCAUAAGGAUAAACCAAAGCGUUCAGACAAGACUCUGCAGGCAAUCCAGCGAGUGGGCCAAGCCGUUAACCUGGCAGUCGGGAGAUUUGUUACUGUGGGUGAGGCCAUAGCCAACGAAAACCAUGAACUGAAGGAGGAAAUGAGUGUUGCUUGCAUCGAGGCAAGGAGAGCAGGUGAAACAAUUGCAGAGCUUACAGAUGUGGCAAGCUUGGAUCAUCCAGAAUCUGAUAGCCACAUAACAAUCUUUACAGACAAAACGGGUGUGGUGAAAGCUGCAAGGUUGUUGCUUUCUUCUGUCACAAAGGUGUUGGUGUUAGCAGACAGAAUUGUUAUUAAGCAAAUUAUAACUUCCAGGAAUAAGGUUCUUGCAACUAUGGAACAACUAGAAAAAGUCAGUAGUUUCCAGGAGUUUGUACAGAUAUUCAGCCAGUUUGGAAAUGAAAUGGUGGAGUUUGCCCAUUUAACUGGAGAUCGGCAAAAUGAUUUGAAGGAUGAGAAGAAAAAGGCUAGAAUGGCAGCAUCUAGGGCUGUUCUUGAGAAGUGCACUAUGAUGCUCCUGACUGCUUCAAAGACUUGUCUGAGGCAUCCAGACUGUGAAUCCGCUCGUAUUAACAAAGAUGGAGUUUUUCAUCGGAUGAGACUAGCUUUGGAACAGGUGAUAGAAAUUGUAACUGACUCUAGACCAAAUGGAGAAAGUGAAAUGGCCCCCAUCAGCAUAUAUUCUGGCAUCAAAGAAUUCAAGAAUAAGGUUGAAGGUCUCCGUGAGAAUCUUUAUUUUCUCUCAAAAGAGAACCUUUCAACAAUGCUGGAAGUUAUCCUGGAACACACAGAAGACUUCACAGACUCUGCCUAUACCAGUCAUGAGCACAGAGAGCACAUUUUGGAGCUGUCUAAACAAGCUAAAAUGGAACUAGAGCAGCUGGUUUCAGUGUGGAUGCAAGCUCAAAACCAAAAGACAAAGGAUCUCAUGGAAGACUUGGAAGUAGCCAUUUUAAAAACAUGCCAGUGCAUGAAUGAACUUAAAAGAGAGGUCCACAGUGCAGCAACAUCUCUGGCAGCAGAUCUUCUAAAAUACCAUACAGAUCAUAUGGUUCUCAAAGCAUUAAAAAUCACAGGAGUAGAAGGAAAUCUUGAAGCUGUAGCAGAAUAUACUUGCAAGCUAUCAGAGCAGAAAGAACAGCUUGUUGAGAUGUGUCGCUUACUGAGGCAUGUUUCUGGAACUGAGCCCCUUGAGAUAACUUGCAUACAUGCAGAGGAUACCUUUCAGGUCACUGGCCCACAGAUAAUUUCUGCUGCAGAAACCCUGGCAUUACAUCCAUCUAGCAAGAUUGCAAAAGAAAAUCUUGAGGUGUUCUGCGAGGCCUGGGAGUCUCAACUGAGUGACAUGUCUCUGUUGUUAAGAGAAAUCAACGAUGUGUUUGAAGGAAGAAGAGGAGAGAAGCGUGUCUACCUAUCACUGCCCAGACCAGGGAAGCAUAAUGCAAAUCUGAAAGCAUUAAAGCCAGUCAAACUAGAUUCUGAGGAACAGGCGAAAAUUGCAAAACUUGGAUUAGAAUUGCAUCUGCUAACAUCUGAUGUGGAUUCUGAGACAGAGAAAUGGGAGGAUCAGGAGAAUGAGAUUGUGCAGCAUGGACAAGGCAUGUCAAGUAUGGCCUACUCCAUGUAUUUAUUUACCAGAGGAGAAGGACUUUUGAAAACUACUCAAGAUUUAUUUCAUCAGGCAGAGAUUUUUGCCACAGAGGGCACAAAGCUUGCUUCAGCUCUUCAUGCUCUUUCUGAUCAGGUACGUGAAGAUGACAAGCCUUUGCUUCUGUUGGAGGCUGAAAAACUCAUCUCUAUGUGCAAGCAGCUCCAGGCAACAGCUAAAGCUUCUGCUCAGGGUAAAAGUGCUACAUUUACAAAGGUUGAUGCAUGCAUUCUGAAAACAAGGAAUGUGAUGACUCUGUUAUGUCAACUUCUUCCACUUUGCUGCAAAUUACUGAGAAAGAAUAAAGCGGGAAAUGGUUGUCUUAAGCCUGCUCCACCAUGGAAGGAAGACAGAAUACGAACUGGUACAAAUGCACGUACUCCAGAAAGAAGAGUGGAGACAUUUGGCAUCAAGUCUUUAGAAAAUCAUGUAACAAACAUGACGUUUUUAGAGAGCAAGUAAUCAUAGCACUGAGAAAUUCAGGAAUUCCCAUUUAAAAGUAACACUUGCUGAAGUUUCAAUACUGCUUUCAUUUGUGGAAAGUCAAGCCA